GCAGAUAAAGAGCAAAUUAAAGCAGAAAAUUCAAGUAUCACUACAUUGAUGGAGUUUGUUCUCUUGGGGUUUUCUGAUACUCCCAAUCUCCAAUGGAUUCUGUUUGGUGUAUUUUUACUGAUAUAUUUGACUAUCUUGGUAUGCAACAGUCUCAUAAUACUAAUAACACAAAUUGACCCUGCCCUCCACACACCCAUGUAUUAUUUCCUGGGCAACUUUUCCUUCUUGGAAAUUUGUUAUGUAACAGUAACUUUCCCAAGAAUGCUCAUGGACCUUUGGACUCAGAAAGGACAUAUUUUGUUCCUUACCUGUGCUACACAGAUGUAUUUUUUCCUUAUGCUUGGGGCCACAGAGUGCCUCCUGCUUGCAGUGAUGGCCUAUGACUGCUAUGUGGCCAUUUGUAACCCUCUCCAUUAUGCUCUAGUGAUGAAUCACAAGGUCUGCAGCCAGCUGGUGGCUGCCUCCUGGAUCACUGCAGUUCCACUUGCAAUCGGGCAUACAUACCAGAUUUUCUCUUUGCCUUUUUGUGCAUCUCACACGAUCAAUCACUUCUUCUGUGACAUCCCACCUAUACUCAAACUUGCCUGUGGGGACACAUUUGUGAAUGAGAUAGUAGUCUAUGUAGUCGCAGUGGUGUUUAUCAUGGUUCCAUUUCUGUUGAUCGUUGUCUCCUAUGGCAAAAUUAUCUCCAACAUUUUGAAAUUGUCUUCAGCCAGAGGGAGGUCUAAAGCCUUCUCCACCUGCUCUUCUCACCUAACCGUUGUAGUGUUAUUCUAUGGGACAGCUACUAUCACUUAUUUACAACCUAAAUCAGAUCAGUCUGAGGGAAUGGGGAAACUUUUCUCUCUUUUCUAUGCUAUUUUGACUCCAACUUUGAAUCCCAUUAUAUAUACUCUGAGGAACAAAGAUAUUCUGAUGGCACUGAGAAAACUUCUAGCUAAGGUAUCAGCAUAA